GUUGCCUCUCUGCUGGACUGAUCUCAUCUAACACACCCCCCGCUCUCCUCCUGCGGGACUAUUGUCGAUCUGAGAUUGAGAUUUCUCAAUCAAUCGCGUUUCCAAACGAUUCAAUUCAUGUGGCGACGGCGAGCCCUUUGUUCUAUUCUCCCCCACCCAAAACUCCGCUAUAUAUUCCUUAUUUGAAUUUAUUGCCAGGCUUUGCUUUGAUACAGCGAUUGGUAGGUAAAUAGGAGUAGAGAUUGACAGUAGCAUCUAUGGCCAGUGGACCAUCAUCGGCGGCUAUGUAUAAGAUCGAGAGGGCUCACCAGAUGUACCGCGAGAGACGCUACGGUGAGGCCUUGGGGCUGUACACGCAAGCGCUUGGGAUGGCCCGGACCAAGCCCCAAAAAAUCGCUCUCCACAGCAAUCGAGCCGCUUGUUUCUUAAAAUUGCACGACUUCAAGAAGGCAGCAGAGGAAUGUACUUCAGUCCUUGAGCUUGACCAGAAUCACACUGGGGCAUUGAUGUUGCGGGCACAAACCCUGAUCACACUCAAGGAGUACCACUCUGCACUUUUUGAUGUCAACAGGCUCAUGGAGUUGAAUCCAUCAUCAGAAGUGUACCAAAACCUUCAAGCCUGCCUGAAGACACAAUUGUCACUUGCUCCAAUACCUGAAGUUGAGGCAGAGCUUGAAGAAGGGGAUGAAGGCAAAGCUGAGGCCGAAUCAACAAGAAUUGAGGAAGAAGUACAAGAAGUAAAGGAUUUGGUCUGCUCAGAGGAAGGAAGAGAGCAAACGAAUGAAUCUAAAACGCCUUAUGCUGAAGUUAGUCCAUCUCAAUCUCUGGGCACCAAGGAAUCACCUGAACAGAAUUCAAGAGGAUGGCAAGCAAUUCCAAAACCGAAAGGACACUCGCAACUCGACUACUCAAGGUGGGACAAAGUUGAAGAUGAAUCUAGUGAAGAUGAUGAUGAUGAAGAUGAUGAAGAGUGUCAAUCCCGGUAUCGGUUCCGUGUGAGGACCGUUGGUGUACGUCCUGUUAAGUGAAAGGGCAAAUGUUUACUCUCUCAUCCCAAAAUCGUCCAUGUGGUGUUGUAAAUGCCUUUACCAGGGAGAAAUUAAUAGGCUGUGAUUCCUGACAUCAGUAUUACACAUGAAAUGCUAUAAAGGUUCUGACCCUUGAUUUGAGCCUUUGGAGCUGUAAGAAAUCUCGUGUAGAAGAAUGUGAGAGCAGUAAAAAGCAGGACAUGAACAUGACGAUAUUCAGUAGCCAAAAGACUAUCACAAAUAUAUUUGAUCUUCAUUCCAUAGUCA